AUGUCAGCGGUACCUUUCACGGUCAAGGCAGUGUUCGAAUACACCUCAGAACAUGAAGAUGACCUGAAUUUUUCAAUUGGGCAGAUCAUUACUGUGACCGAGGAGGAGGAUGCUGACUGGUACUAUGGCAACUAUACCAAUCAUGCGGGCGCCAAACAAGAAGGCAUUUUCCCAAGGAACUUCGUCGAAAAGUACGAACCUCCGGCACCUCCACGGCCUACGAGACCUGCCAGAACCCGGAAGGAGUCUGAAACCGCCUCUCAAUCUCCACCUCUAGCCUCCGAGUCAGCGGUGCCCGACAUCCCGCAAGAGGACAGUCAGAAGAGGAGUAUCGAUCUGGGUUCUACUGGAGAGGCCGAGAAGAAAACUGCCCCUAGUUCAGUGCCAUAUGAGGCCCCAAAGAGCUCUGCCCCUGUUCAUGCUCCCUCGUCUCCUCCAAUGAGCCCGCCCUCUCAGAAGGCUGCACCGCCUCCGCCAUCAGCGCCAGUUGAAGCACCAGCUAAGAAAGCCCCACCACCAACUGUUGCAGAGAAGCCGACUGCAGGCUCGUUUAGAGACAGGAUUGCUGCUUUCAACAAGGCAUCUGCGGCUCCAAUAACUCCAUUCAAUCAUGCCACUCAUACAUCAAGUUCAUUUGUGAAGAAGCCAUUCGUUGCACCACCGCCCAGUAAAAACGCUUAUGUUCCGCCACCAAUUGAACAUCCUCAAACAUAUAGGCGGGAGGAGCCCCAAGAAACUUCGCUGCCAAUUCGAUCUGAAGCCCCGGAAGGAACGGAAGCUACAGAAGAGGAACAGCCUAAGCCAACAAGCCUGAAAGAAAGAAUUGCUCUUUUGCAGAAGCAACAGUUAGAGCAAGCUUCUCGGCACGCUGAAGCGGCCCAGAAGAAAGAAAAGCCGAAAAAGCCAGCGAAGAAGAAAGUCGAAUCACAAGAGCCGGUUGAACCAUCCGAGUCAAUGAUGGGAGUAGAGCUACAAAGGACUGAGACCUCGGAAACUGCAAAGGAAUCGUCAGCUGCAAGCGGUGACCCAGCUGAAGAAGGCACUCAGCCUAAGCAUCGAACUCCUGUCUUACCGCCCGCCAGAGAACUUACAAGUGACACUAAUGAUGCUGAUAAUUCUGCGGCUGGAGAUACCGAAGAAGCAAGUGAAACUUCAACAAGCAAAGAAGAUGUGGAGGACAAGUCGCCUGAAUCCAGACCCCUGAAGCCAACCCACGGCGAUGCUCCUGGUGCCAAUGGCUCUGAGGAAGAAGAGAGCGAGGAGCAAGAGGAGGACGAGAUAGAUCCUGAAAUCAGACGGCGCAUGGAAAUUCGUGAUCGAAUGGCCAAAAUUAGUGGAGGAAUGGGCAUGAUGGGCAUGUUUGGUGCUCCAGCUGGCCUACCAGGAAUGCCUACGGGCAGCUAUAAAAAGCCAAAAGCUCCAUCAGCGGAUGCAGGAACCACCGAGCAGCAACCGGAAGCUUAUGCUCCUCCUGUCCAGCUUAUGGCUCUUCCAGGAAUGCAUGUUAGAAAACCCGAAGAGAAGCCAAAAAGUCCGCCAGCAGCUCCGGAAGAGCCUAGUGAAGCAUCGAUCCCUCCGCCACAGCCCUUACCUUUAAAUUCAGAAGAUGCUCCAGAGACUACCAGUGAGGAGCCUAUCACACCUCACGUCCCUCCUCCGCCGCCAGUUGCCCAAAACCUCCCUCCUCCUCCACCUCCCCCAGAAAGUAGGUUACCAACCAAACCCCCCUUUUUUUCCCUUCGCUCAUAUUCUAACAUAUUUUAUUACGUAGCUCGGCCUGUCCCACCACCACCACCACCUCAUAAUAUAUUGACAUCUCCCUCUCUCGGAACUAAAUCUAAUGAUGAAGUCGUUCUAUCUCCAGCCCGGACCGAAAAGGGGGAUGAUGAAUCCUACUUUGCAGGGCAUGAGGCUUCAGGGAGCGCACGCCAGUCCAUGGAUCAAGCUAGGAUCUCAUCACCUGUGUCGUCUCCCGUGACAGGGCCAGGAAAACGGCAAAGCCAUCCCCCUCCACCACUGCCAUCAGCUCCCCCAGUACCUCCAUCAGCUCAGACCCGUCCUCCGCCUCCUCCCCCUCCAGCAACUGAGCCUAGCCCAGACAACACAGGUGAUAGCAGGAUGAGCUCCCAGACACCAACUCGUCCUCUAGGUAGUGAGAGUGAGGAGGAGAUAACUGAGUAUGAAGGAGAUUACGAUACAGAUAUAGCAUCAGGUGCCAAACACAAAGAUGCCUUGAAGGCCCAUGUCCGAGAUUCUAGUAUAGAUGAAGGGACAUUAGCCGACUCUUUCAGCCCGCACUCGCCCAGGAGUCCGGUAGAAACACGGCCACCCAUCCCACAAACCACUUUCCAGAGUACUGCCCCUCGCUCAGCACCACCUCCCCCUCCCCCUAGCCAACCACCAAAGGCUGCCCGACAAUCAGUCGAUAUGCCGAGAGCUCCACCACCCCCAGUUCCGCAAACUAUGUAUACCCAAGAGGAUGAAACCCAUGAACGAACCCGGGAGGAAGCCUUUGAUCAGUAUACAGCACCUGCUGCUCCUGCUCAUCGGGAUCGAGGCGAGUCCCAAAUUAAGGAUAUUCCGGACGAGACAUCAUACGAGGUACCCCAACACAACAUGUCUUCUCAAGCCCCACGCCCAUCCCGGGGCUCGUCUGAUCUCCUAAGAGGCCAGACCGGAACCCGCAGAUCUAUGGACGUUUCCAGACCAUCAAUGGAUCAGGGUUACAUGGCAAAUGAUGUAGACCUUGCCUCCACGUCUCUCUGGUGGACACAACCAAACACACCUCCUCCAGUAUUCCAAGGUCGACGAGACAUUCUCAUCGAAAUUGAGGAAUCCUCCACAAACAAGCGAGGAGGCAAAGUUACCACAUCAAAGGACGUCUACAUCCUCUUCAUGGACUAUUCUCAAACAAUCAUAUCCGCACAAUUCGAUUCCAAGAACCCAAUCGAUGUAGCGUUAGAACAGCGGCACGAACCACCACCACCUCGACUACGUCAAGACCAACUGGAGGACGCCCAUACUCAAUUUGGCGCUCGCAUCUCUGAAUCAGUUGCUUCAAAACAAAACACCACAGUGGGUGACGGUACGCCCCAUGCUCUUAUCCAGACACUCCUUGCCCCUCUGAAGGAUGCCCUCCUGCCAGUUGGUGUCCGCAGCUACGGCGCUCUGGUAUACGCCAACCUAGCCAAUGCCUCAGUCCAACAAUUUGACGAAAUUCGCCCUGGAGACAUAAUCACCUUCCGUAACUGUCGUUUCCAAGGCCACCGUGGCACAAUGCAUCAGAAAUAUUCCUCCGAAGUAGGCAAGCCAGACCAUGCCGGAGUCGUAUCUGAUUGGGACGGUACGAAGAAAAAGGUACGGGUCUGGGAGCAAGGUAGGGAAAGCAAGAAGACGAAAGUUGAGAGUUAUAAGUUAGGUGACCUGAAGAGUGGUGAAUGUCGUGUUUGGAGAGUCAUGUCCCGUACUUGGGUUGGAUGGGACGGAGAGCACAAAGCCUGA